GAUCUGAAACUGUUAGGCGAUUUAAGAGUGGUGUUUUCUGAACUACUUGAAAAGUUCCUUUAUCAUUUUGGAAGCACGGCAUCUUAUACCUCGCAAGUAAUAACAUUCCCUAGUCUAUUGGUCAAGAGUGAAGGCCCAGGUAGACCACGGGUUCACAUUCCGCCUGAGGUACUCGAAGAGCUGAGAGGGCUGGGAUUUACAUGGCAAAAGAUUGCUAGUAUAUUUAAAGUGUCGCGCUGGACAAUUAUGCGUCGAGUUCGUUUAUUUGAACUUGAAAAUCUCUCUCUCUUCAGUAGCAUCACUGAUGAAGAAAUCGACGAUAUCAUUCGUGACUACAUUGCACGCCAUGGGUCAACCACAGGAGAAUCCUACCUCCGUGGAUACUUUAGAGCAUUGGGAUAUACCAUACAGAGAAGGAGGAUCAGAGAGAGUUUAAACAGGGUAGAUCCAAGGAACACCGCGUUGAGAUGGGGUGCAUUAGUGUCAAGGAGAGUGUAUUUUGUCCCGUGGCCAAACUCGUUAUGGCAUUUAGAUGGUCAUCACUCAUUGAUUCGCUGGGGCUUUAUAAUACACGGAUGCAUCGAUGGUUAUUCAAGAAUUAUUAUUUUCCUUCAUUGCAGCACAAAUAAUCUUGCUUCAACAGUUCUCGGUCUCUUUGAAAGUGCUGUGGAACGAGAUGGUGGGUUAUGGCCCUCUCGCAUCAGGGUAGAUUAUGGUGUGGAGAACACUGCUGUAUGUGAUGCAAUGGUAGCUGUUCGGGGAGAAGGUCGGGGUAGUUUCAUUGCUGGGUCAUCCACUAGAAAUCAGAGAAUUGAGAGAUUAUGGAGAGAUGUUUUCAGAUGUAUUUGCCAUGUAUUUUACUACAUAUUCUAUGCAAUGGAGCAAACUGGAGUUUUGGAUGUUGAAAACCCUAUUCACAUGUUUACUUUACAGUAUGUGUAUUUGGCAAGAAUAAACAAUGCUUUAUCUGAGUGGAUGGUCUCUUUCAAUGACCAUCCUGUCCAAACAGAGCACAGUUGGUCACCAAAUCAAAUGUGGUUGAAUGGGAUGAUGCAUCCAUGCAAUCCUCUUGCUAAUGGCAGUAAUGACGUUGAGCCUGAAGAUAUGACAUUUUAUGGAGAAGAUCCUGAAGCACCGAUACCAACUGAAGAAUCCAACAACAAUGUUGAAGUGCUUCCUGCCCAGCUACCAAGCAACAACACUGAUGAACUGGUGGCCUGUUUAACUACUGCUAUUGAUCCUUUACAGGAGUCUUCUAGUUUUGGUGUGGACAUUUAUGCUAAAGCUCUUGAAAUUAUAGUUCAUAAGUUAGAGCAAGAACACUGA